GGGCGCCAAUGCCUCGGCAUUAGAGAAAGAGAUUGGUCCAGAACAGUUUCCAGUCAAUGAGCACUAUUUUGGAUUAGUCAAUUUUGGGAAUACGUGCUACUGCAAUUCAGUUCUUCAAGCACUUUAUUUUUGUCGUCCAUUUCGGGAAAAAGUUCUAGCAUACAAGAGUCAACCUAGGAAGAAGGAGAAUCUUCUUACCUGCUUAGCAGAUCUCUUCCAUAGCAUAGCGACUCAGAAGAAAAAGGUUGGAGUAAUACCUCCCAAGAAGUUCAUAACAAGAUUACGGAAAGAAAAUGACUGUCAAUUCCAUGAUGGAGGGAACCUAUUUGUUUUUGCUCACCAUUGUAUUCCCAGCACAUAAUCCAGUUCCUGGCACAUAAACUUUUUGACAACUACAUGCAACAAGAUGCCCAUGAAUUCUUAAAUUAUCUACUAAAUACAAUUGCUGAUAUUUUACAAGAAGAGCGAAAACAGGAAAAACAAAAUGGCCGUUUACCUAAUGGUAAUAUUGACAGCGAAAAUAACAACAGCACACCAGACCCAACAUGGGUUCAUGAGAUUUUUCAGGGAACAUUAACUAAUGAAACCAGAUGUCUUACUUGUGAAACUAUAAGCAGCAAAGAUGAGGAUUUUUUAGACCUUUCUGUUGAUGUGGAACAAAACACAUCGAUUACUCACUGUUUAAGGGGUUUUAGCAACACGGAAACUCUAUGCAGUGAAUAUAAAUAUUACUGUGAAGAAUGUCGCAGCAAACAGGAAGCACACAAACGGAUGAAAGUUAAAAAACUGCCCAUGAUUCUAGCUCUACACCUGAAGAGAUUUAAAUAUAUGGAUCAACUUCAUCGAUACACAAAACUUUCUUACCGGGUAGUUUUUCCUUUAGAACUUCGUUUAUUUAACACUUCAGGCGAUGCAACCAACCCCGACCGAAUGUACGACCUUGUUGCCGUUGUGGUUCACUGUGGAAGUGGUCCCAAUCGAGGACAUUAUAUUGCAAUAGUUAAGAGUCAUGAUUUUUGGUUGUUGUUUGAUGAUGACAUUGUAGAAAAAAUAGAUGCACAAGCUAUUGAAGAUUUCUACGGGUUGACAUCAGAUAUCUCAAAGAAUUCUGAGUCUGGUUACAUCCUUUUCUAUCAGUCUCGGGACUGAGGGGGAACCGUGAUGAAGAGAUAUUUUCUGCCUCAUUUCUUCUCUGGUUAUUUUGGAAAGGAUCAAGCACUGAUUUUUCAAGAAAAGAGAAAUGCAGGAAGCUCAGGGGGCAGUAGCGCACUUUGCACACACUAAAGCAAAGACUAUGAUUAACAGGCUCUUCCUAUCAUGGUAGUUGAUUUAUUUGCUCAGGUAUCAUGCUGUCUGUGCAGUUCCAUACACCAAGGAAGUAAGAUCAGAGAUACCAGCUCCUCUUGUAAAGCAGCCUUCCGUGAUAGAUAUGCAUUUUCUCUUUAUUAAUUGCACCAAUAAUGAUUUGAACUCCUUGGGGGGUGCAGUAGAAAGAAUAAGGAAUCUGUGCUAGGUUGUAUUGGUAACUUAAGGAGAUAAUAUUAAACACACUGCAUAAAUUGCCUGUGUUGAAUAUUACAGCAAGAGUAUUUGGUGGUCUUUUUAGGCAUGAACCAGAAAUAUUGGUGGGCCCAACACUUGCAGUUGCCUUCCUGAUGUUAAAGACAGAAAACAGACAAAACACCUAACUUACAGAUACUAGAAUCCAGUGUCAGGAAGACAAAUAUGUUUUGCUUCUCUGAAGAAGCUUAUAAUAAUAUACAAUAUAUGUAUAUGUAGGGAACAAUUGGUCAAAAGUGGCUUUUUGUUUCCCCAAGGGGAAAGACUGGCUUUGUAAUUAUAAUUUUUUUCCUUAUUUAUUUUACUUAAAACUGGUAGAGUUUAAGUAUUGUAUGAAGUGCCCAUGAUUCUGUCAGCAAAUUUAAGUAUAUUUUUAUUAGUUUUGUCAGUUUGACUAGUCCUUUUGUUUGUUUCUAUUUUUAAGUUGAAUUUAA